GGUCUAGUAGGACUGAUGGAUUCUGGUUCAGCGUUGAGGGGCCUGGGCAAACAGAGCUCCAUGGCUUAUUUACAGAACCGCCUGCAGGAUCCUCGAGAUGCUGCUAACAGAGGUGUAGUCAAAGGCCUUCUGCCCUUGGAGCUGCGGGAUUUACAGAACAGCAAACCAGUGGGCUGCCUGAUCCUGGGGCCCGAUGGAGAAAUCAUUCAGCUGUCGCUGUACGACAACAACCAGGAACGAGGUCAAGGUGACAAUGACAUGCCGCAGCAGCAAGCUCUACAGGUGCUAUCCCCAGAGGGAGAGACGUUACCCUGGGUGGUUAUGCUGCAGCCUGAGGUCACACACGAUACAGAAGCAGAAGUGGAGGACAACUCAGAUGUUAUGGAGGAGAAAACCCAGCACAAUCAGCCAAUGCAUGCAGAAACAGAAAGUAACACAUCUGCUGAUGUGUUUGCAACAACAGCGCAGAGCAUGAGUGACGAACGGCCUUUUCACAAAACUCCUGCAUUUUCACCUACAAACCACAAGGGGGCAGGGACACAAGGAAGAACGGAGGCUGAGAUGCAAACAAGGUCAACAAGAAAGGAUGUCAGGAACAGCAUUAAGAUGCUGGAACUGAGGGACAGUGUGGGAAACAAGGAGUCAAACAGGGGCAAAUGUGAGGCAGACGAGGUGAAGGAGGGAGAGGAAGAGGAUAGAGAGACAGGAGAGAGCGGACAUUUGACUGGAUCACACCAAGCAAGUCUUUCCAGAAAGAAUCGUCAGAUCAAAGACACCAGUCCAACUGUGACGGAAACUGUGGAAGGAAAGAGGACUAAUAUAAAGAGGAAGGAUGAUGAAGAAACUGCAGUCACUGCUGGGAAAAAAGAUUUGAAAAUGCCAAAAAGCAGAGAGUUGGAAGGACAGAGGUCUUUCAGAAGGGACAGAGAAGCAGGAAGACAACAGAAAAAAACAGAAAGCAACUCCAGACCAAUGAGGAGUCGGAAAUCAGACGAGAGGACCAGGAAAGACGCAGGAGUUUCUCGGGAGGGCUCUGCUCUUCCUGCUGUGGCCUCUGCGGAAAACGCAGCAAGAGACAGACAAGGGAGGAUAAAAGAGGUGAAGAUGAAUGAGGAGGGAGAUGCUGGAGGCGGAGGAGGAGGAGCGGUGGCAAUGCUAAAGGAAGCAUCUGCAGGGAGGAAGAAGAGGAGGAAAGGGAGGCUGACACAAAAGGAUGCUGUUGAUGAAGAAAACAAUGAGUUGGAGACGAAUCAGAAAAUGGAAAAGGAUCCUCUUCAGAAAUCCUCCGAAAGCUUCUCUCUGACACAAAAUGACAACUGCGAAAUUGAAUUAAAUUCAGAGGAGGACUCAGAAAUCGACCAUCUUUCCAACUUUGAUGAUCGCAGAAGUAUGCGGUCAGUGAGUUCUCUCAGAUCGUCCGCUGCAGCGUCACAGUUCAAUCUGAGGAACACGCGAAGGUCGGCCACCUCCUCCUGUGAGGGGACCUUAGUUACCGGUGCUGUGGAUCUGGCCUCGUCCCAAGGUCGUCUGUCGUCAUGUUCGGCUGUGAUGGUGAUGGAUGAACAGCUGAUGUUGAACACCAAGAAGGCCGAGAUGUCCUCACCCAGAAUGAAUCAGGAGGAGAUUGCUGCGCUGCGUCGGGCCCACAGAGCUGAGAGACGGAGGGAAGAGGUGGAGAGGAAGAGGAGGGACCAGGAGGAAGAGGAAAGGAAGCAACAGGAAAGGGAGCAGAUGGAAGAGAUGAUGAAGAAUGAGCUGCAGGAGGAGAGAAGGAAGCGAGCUGACGAGCUCAGACUGAAGAAGCUGGCAGAGGAGGAAGAAAAAAGGCGGCGCGAGGAGGAAGAGCAGGCGAGAUUGAAACAGGAACAGGCAGAGAGGGAAAGUGAAAGAAGGAGGCAGGAGGACAGGAGGAGGCAGAUGGCACGACUCAAGAAGCUAAGGGAGGAGGAGGACCAGAGAAGAAAAGCUGAGAUGGAGCGAGUGCGGCUAGAGGAGCAAAGGAGGCAGGAGGAGGAGAACGCCAUGCUGCAGGAGAUGGACGAGGACGAGAGAAAGAGCUACCUUUGCAGGAAGGAGCAGGAGAAAGAAGAAAACAGGAAAAGAGAGGAAGAGCAAAAGAGAAGAGAGAAGGAGGCUGCACUGAGGGCUGCAGAGGAGGCCAAGAUGGAGGCUGGGAGGCUCCUCAGAGAGAUGGCGCUGUUGCAGCAGCAUCUGUCCUUCAAAAGGACCUUUGACCUAGAAGCUGGAGGUCUGGAGAAAACUCAGGGGAUCUCUCGGCCCUGGGUCUUCUCUUAUUUCAGCUUGUUACAGUUGAUGGGACUUAGUCCAUCUGAAGCUGAGCCCACAAUAUAAAGAUGGAUUAAGUCACAGGCCCUGAUCCCACUCUGUUUAGUGUCUGAUUAUUUCCAUUGCCUUUUAUUCAUCCAGCUCCAACGGUUAACUUGUAGAGACAAAAGUGUUCAGAAAAGUGUUCAGAAAUAUGAGUGGGCCAAUCAGGUUCUUUACAUCACGAUGAUUACCAACCUAAAUCUCUUGUAUCUACGGUAUGCUAGAAGAGUAUAACUACUCUAUUUAUUAGCACAAAAUGUCUUAUUUAGCUUAAUCAUGUACCCUUCAGCUCUACGAAAUCAAGAAGACCAUAGCAGUCCCACAGUUACCACACUCUGCAACAACAUUGUGUUGACACAUCUUAUAAUGAAUUAUAAUUGAUGAAAACAACUAAUUAUUUUAAAUGCUUGUCAAGGUCCUUGAAUUCAUAGAAAUUUGUGGCAAUGAAAUUAUAUAAGAUAUUGAAAUAUAUAGUUAGUAAAGGUUUUAAUAUGCAUGUCUAGAGAUUUAUAAAUUCACCAGUAUUAUAACUAUUACUAAUUUGGUUACAAUGGGUUAAUUUAAGCAAAACUUUUUUUAAAGUCAUGUUAGUGGUUGUUUCAAAAGCACAGCGUGUCAAAAUAAGCCCAGAGAUGAUGAAACAUUAUCAUCCUUUGGUACUUAACUGUCCCCUCCCUGGUGUCCAGUACACACUGAUGGACCAGCCCCUGGAGACAUAAUUGGCUGCAGCCACACAACAUGGAGCUAAUUAGUGUCCAAUUUAGUGGAUGAUGAGUUUUGUCCUCAUGGAAUGGUCUUUAAAGCAAAUACGUAAACUGAGUCAAAAUGAAGAUUGGAGGUUUCAUAGUGUUUACAAUUUAUGAAUGUUGUUUUCUUGUUAUUUACAAUGUAACUUAAUUUACUUUAUUGGACUAUUUAGUGGUGAUUUUGAGAACAGUUGUAGUUUAAAUAGUCAUUGUUUCCUCAGAGAGCAAUUAAACCUUCUCUGAACCAACAGUAGAUACAUCUAACAAUUUAAAUAAGGUCUCCAGGGAUGAGUACUGUUGACAAAAUUAGUGUUAUUAUUAGUAUGGAUAAUAAAUGGACAUGGCUAAGGUUAUUGAAGAAUACAAAAUAAAA